ACUAGCUGUAUCGGGGUUAUUUGUAUCUGAUAUCGGCGCAGGUGGCUGACCGCGUGUGCAAUUCGUGUGAUAAUAAAUCGGUUUGAUAUACGCUUAUCUGCGGGCAGUAGAACAAGAGAAUUAGUUGAUCACCCGAACCCAUUCCAACCGGUAAAUCUGGAGCGCCUCGUGGCCCAAUAAUCUCAAAAUGUGGCUGCGUUCUCACGUCUCGGUGUUCCUUGUCUUCUUUCUGGAGUCCUUGCUGCUGCUCAAUGGAUCCGUGUCCAGCACAAGCUCAAGUUCUGGACUUGAAUCAUCACUUCUGAGCAGAGUGUCGACGUGGGAUUGUUCCUCGGACACUGACUGCACAGUUUCAAACAGCUCCUGCAUCGACAAUUAUUGCGAGUGCGCCGGUGGCUACAUGUACGACACUAACAUGACGUCCUGCAUUCUGGUCGCAACAGCCUACGGCGAUUCGUGUACCGAAACACUUCAAUGCAGCACUUAUCUUCUGACUGGCGGAGUCUGCGAGGAUUCGGUCUGCACAUGCGGCGAUGGCUACCACUACAUCCAUGGAAGAUGUUACGCCUCUUCCGGACUGGGUGAGGCUUGCGAGGCUGACGUCAACUGCUACGUGAACGCUGACAACGAGGCGACGUCCUGCGUCGACGGUGUCUGCGUCUGUAGCGACGGCUUCUACCAGCGGGAAUAUCGUACCUGUCGUCGCGGUGGUUACUCCGAGGGUGACGAGUGCGCUGUGGACAUCGACUGUCAGUUCGAGAACGGUAUCUGCAACAGCAGCUACGUUUGCACCUACGAAACAACAGACAACACGACGACAACCAGGCUAGAAAUCGAGGAUCGCGUCACCAGGAGUCUGGGUCGUGAUGAUGAGAACGCCACGGUUGGCACCGAAUGCGUGUCAAACGACAAUUGCUCCACCCUUGCAAAUUCGAAAUGCGGUGCGGCUGGUACCUGCAUCUGCAACAGAGCCUAUUUCGCUUCCAGCGACUUGAGCACCUGCGUACCAGAAAUCGGCGAAGAGUGCAGCGACGACGAUGACGUAACGAUCACGAAUUCUCUUUGCCGUAACGGUACCUGGAGUUGCGGUUACUCCACAGUAACUUCGCUGACUCAGAGGAUAUGCAGAAAAAGUACCAAAGUCUACAACUAUUCUUGCCUGUGGGAUGAACAGUGUUACAUAUUCGGACCCGACGCUUCUUGCCAAAGUAAAAGCUGUCUCUGUGACGAAGGCUCUCACUGGGUUGAGGAAGAGCUUUUCUGCUGGGUGAACAAGGGAAUUAGUGAGUCCUGCCAGGCCGACGAAGACUGCUACGUCGAAGACCUCGACGUCGAGUUGUCCUGCUCGAACUCCGUCUGCACUUGUCCUAAUGGGACCAUCGCCAACUCGGACAACACGCUUUGCAAAAGUGAAAGUGCAGGGCUCGGUGAUGUUUGCGAAGAGGACAGUGACUGCACGGUGGCCAAUUCGGUUUGCGUCGAUUUGGUGUGCACUUGUCCCGACUACUAUUACGAGCUCGACGAAGCUUGUACGGCAGGGAUAAACGCGACCUGCUCAUCCGACAGUGGCUGUUCCGUUGCAAACUCCACGUGCAACGAUGACUUAGUCUGUGAUUGCGCCGACGGCUUCGUGUCGGAUGAAAUCAAUUCUUGUUUGCCAGUGGCAAGCUACGGCGAAUCGUGCCAAUCGGACAUCCAGUGUUCAACCACCCUGAACAACACCUAUUGUUCAAUCGUCACCUCGACGAGUGACGCCGCAGUGACAAACACAUCGAGCUGCGAUUGUGAAUCUGACUACCAUUACAGCUAUGGGGCAUGCUACCUCAAAGCAGCCAUUGGAGACAGUUGCUCAACCCUGGCUGACUGCUACGUGGAAUCUGGAUCGGAGUACGUUGUAUGCCGCAGCGGAGUUUGCGCUUGUACCUGGGAUGCUACCGCAAGUUCAACGACAGCUUGUGUCAUAAGCACAAGUGAUGCGACUUCCUUCUUCCUGUCCACCUGGCUGGCUCUGAGUCUACUCAGCGUUAAAAUUUUUCUAGUCUGAUCAACGCUGACGAAUGUU